UGACCUUGGAGGAUGUGGCGGUAAUUCUCGGUCUGCCAACAAAUGGUCUUCCGGUUACAGGUCCGACCAUGAGUAGCUUUGAGGCAUUGGAAGCCGAGUGCUUGCACCACUUUGGAGUUGCACCCAGGAAAAAUGAAUGUAGAGGGAGCUUUAUAAAGUUAACGUGGUUUAGGGGUGUGAGAGAUCGUAUAGUGUUGAAUGAUGUAGUUAGCAUGCAGAUGUAUGUAAAGUGUCACAUAAUGUUGUUAUUUGGAAAAGUUCUAUUUGCAGAUAAGUCGGGUGCAGGGGUGCACUGGAAAUUUUUACCCUUGCUCCGCAACUUCGGCCAGAUCAUACAGUUUAGUUGGGGUUCGGCAUGCCUGGCACACUUGUAUAGAUCAUUGUGCAGGGCAACUCGUGUCGACUGCAAGGAGAUGGACGGUCCACUGACACUGUUGGUAAGUUGGGCUUGGAUCCGGCUACCAUUUCUAGCGCCGAUUCCUGGCAAUCCCCGAGUGUUUCCAAUUGCAAACAGGUGGCAUAACUGGGACCGUCAAAACUAUGCCUACCGAUAUAAAACGCUUGCCCACUACAGGAGGUUGUUAGAUGAUCUAGAAGAAGGACAGGCUUAUGGCAUUGGAUACAUCGACCCAGACGUAAUUCCCUUAGCCAUCCAUCAUAAUUUGGUGGUGUGGAGUGCCACAGUGCCACUUAUAUCUUUUGAAUGCAUCGAGUGGCAUGCUACUGAUAGAGUCAGGAGGCAAUUUGGUUACCCGGAUCAACCAGUCACAACCAUUCCCAUAUUCUAUACAUUUGGCAUAGAAUGUCGUCGGUUCCGACUCAUAUACCCGAUAGUCCACACCUCUCUGGAUGGUAUAAUCUUUCAUUGCCUUGAUUACUGCCUCCCUUGA